AUGGCAGAAGCGGGAAAAGUGGAGGCCGGCCUUGGGCUACCGGAGUUAGAAGCAACCCAGUGGCCGCUACAGCGGUAUGGGCGCUUCAUGCCCUCAGGCACAGGAAAGCCAACUGUGCCUGGCCAGGAAGCUGGGACAGCCUCUUCUCUAACAUGGAAGGUUUUUGAUUCCAAUGAAGAAUCUGGAUUUCUUGUUCUCACCAUAGUUGUCUCAGGUCAUUUGUUCAUUUCUCAAGGACAGACACUACUGGAAGGAUUUUCACUCAUUGACAGCAAGAACUGGUUGAAGAUUGUAAGACGCAUGGAUUGUCUGUUGUUUGGAACAACAAUUAAGAGCAAAAGCCGUAUGUUCCGGGUACAGUUUAGUGGAGAGUCGAAGGAGCAGGCCCUGGAGCACUGCUGCAGUUGUGUGCAAAGCCUGGCCCCCUACAUCACCGUCCAGGAGCCCGACGGAAUCAUCCAGGAGCUUCGGCCGAGUCCCGGCUCACUCAGGGCAGGUGAAAGCCAAGGGCAGGACCGUGCAAAGAGUGUCCCAUUGCAGCCCGGGAGUGGCCAACACCCAGAGCAGCAGCAGCAUAGAGCGCCUGGCACGAGCACUCCAGAGGGAAGAACCUCCGUGACACGGUUAGCUCAGUCUAUCCUGGCGUCGAAGGAGCUGUCCCUUGUCUAUGAACAGUCUGCAUGGGGUGCUGACCAGAUAGGCCCCUUUCUCCGCUUGUGCCUUAUGGAUCAGAAUUUCCCAGCAUUUGUGGAAGAGGUGGAGAAAGAACUAAAAAAGCUGACAGAGUUGAGAAAUUAA